GGGAAAUGCCCUGGCCCGGGGAACUCGGAAGGUUGAGGAUCGUUUUUAGCUCGGGUUUUUGGCGCCUCAGGUCAAAAUAUCUUCAGGCAACAAAAAAGACUGCAGCUUUUGUGGGGCAAGGCUGAAGACCUGGAGCUGGAGCUCCGUAAGGCUAGCCUGUACCCAGCCCCUCUGUCACCAACAACAAAAAAUGGCACGAACGAAGAAAACCAAGGCCGGCAGCAGCCAGAGAAGCCUUUUGGAGGAUGCCUAUGGUGGAAAUCAGAAGAAGAGAAAGCGGGAGGGAAAGGAGCAAGAUUCUAUAAUCACCGACGCAGACGAGUCUUCUGAAAUACAAAUUCCAAAGAGAACCAAGACGAUUGAUGAGGAGGACUCCAGAGACGAAGGCACGACUUAUCCAAGCAUAUCGACGGUAUAUACCGAGCCACAUUCUUUUGAAGAGGUGCCUACGAAAGGACCCGCAAGCAUAGUAUCCGGAAAUGCCCCCCCAGUCUUCGGAGACCUUGCGAAAUCGCAUGAUGUUCUUUUCAUGAGCACUAUAUCAUCAUCCAAGAUUGAGAAGAAGACAACAGCAGUGCUCAAGCACUUAGCGCGAUAUCCGACAAUUUCCCCAGCGAAGCCGGCUCUGGUACUGGCUCACUCGAAAGCAGAUACGGCAUCGAAGUUAAUCACGAUAAUUGAGAUUGCAAAACGAGAUAUUGCUUCCAAGGAGGGGAAAUGGUUUCAAUAUAAUAUGGUUUAUCAAAUCACAGAGCUGAAGAAGGAGAAGAAGGAUGGUAUUAAAAGCAAUGGUGGCACAAGCUCAAAAGGCGAUGGGGAUGAAAAAGAAGAGGACGAAGACGAGGAGACAUUCGAGACAAUGAAGACGCCCUUUGAGAGAUCAAUCUUGGAAAAGCCAAAGGUUAGGGCAAUCCCUCACUUGGCAAUAUACCUCUCCAGAAUUCGAAUUGAAGGUUUGAGGAAGAAGUAUGGGUAAGUGUGUUUUGAUGCUAGGCUCCAUGGAUUUAUAUAUAAAACUAACAAAUCAACAGAGAACAAACUAAUGCGGUAGAGGUACCAGGUGAUACUGAAUGGCCUCGUCGCUAAUAGUGGAAUCUUGUAACUUUUACUAAUUCAAACAAAGUCGAGAGCCAAGACUAGGAACGCAUGGAUUUGUAUUGUACAGAAAUCAUUUCCCGAGUCUGCGUAGCGUAUGU